AUGCUCCAAGGCGCUGGAGUGUUCCUUGAUCAACGGAUGUCUUUUGUCAUUCUAAGCGUUCAGGCACAACUGCAUCUCCGCUCCUUCGGGGUUCAUCCAACUGUGGACUGCCUGUACAGCCUCGUCCUCACAAGGAAAACCUCCACUUGUGCAGGAGAGAUGUUUGGGAGCUAUGGUCUCAUGGCAGGACAAUGGGGACCAUCAUCAUUUAAAAUCAACGACGGGAUUCAAGGAGGGCCCCUGGCUUUAUUUGAUCGAGUGAAGACUGCAAACACACUGAUUAUCUCCCCUGCCAGUCGGUUUAUGUCGUCAUCAAUAUGGCGUCAGAACUCCAGCACCGGAGGGGACAAUGUCUACUGGGGAACGAUGGGAGGAGUUGAAAAUGUCCCUGUCGAUGUUGAAACCAGUUUUAUUCUUUUCUGCGGUAAUCAAGGCAUUAAUAAGGCCUUCGUAAGCUGGGGGCAAAUCCUGAAACAAUGGCACGGACGUACAGAUCAAUAUGUCAAGUCCGACUUUACGUUAAACUAUUUAGCAUACGGAACAGACAAUGGGGCGUAUUACUGUUAUCGCUCCGAGGACGGAAAGAACUACCAGGACACAGUGUUGGAUAUCACGAGCUACAUGGCAACCUUAGGGGUACCCAUCAGGUACAUGCAGUAUGACGUAACGUGGUACAGUGACCUUCACACUGGAGUUGUCUCGUGGUCGUCUCCACCUGACGUUUUCCCCAAUGGACCACAGUGGCUCUAUAACAAGACAGAGAUACCCGUCUUUGGCUACAACCCGUUCUGGGCCAGCAACACAACCUACGCAAAGGCUAAUGGAGGAGAGUAUGACUUCCUGAUCGAUGGUCCAAUGUCUCUACCACUGGAAGAGAGAUUUUGGACUGACUUGCUCGCAGGUGGAAGGACAUGGGGAUUGAUUGCCUACGAACAGGAUUACCUCGAUGUAGAAUUUGAAGGAAUCCAAAAGCUCCUGACUGACAUUGACCUUGGCCGCCAAUGGCUGACUCAGAUGGGGAAUGGGCCUGCCAAGAACGGGCUUGACCAUCCAAUGAAGCAGUGGAUAUCAAUGUUUCCUUGCAGCAGACAGAGUUCACAGUUCGAGGUGGAGUUGAACAGGUGGAGUCUUAGGUGUCGCCCCGGAGGAGUUGUGACCAUCAACGUGCCGAUGACAUCGCCGUCGACGAAACCUCACUGGGACUGCCCAUUUGAGUGUGUCUCCUUCUUCUGCCAGACGUGGAUGAAGUGA